UUUUUUUUUUUUUUUUUUGGUAAAAGAACUUGUUUUUCUCAGGAAUUCAUGAUGAAGAACCUUUUUUUGCCUCUCUUAGUUGUCUCUGUUCUGUUUAUGAGCAGCUUCUCAGAAGUGCAGGGAGGGAAAUGGAAAGGUGAAGGUACAACACAAAACCUGGAAAAUAUUGUCAUUGGAAGAUGCUAUGACUAUAUUAGGAUUGUGAAUCCUGCUGUGGGGGAGAAAAACUGUUCAGAGAUAUGGGAAGCAUUUAAAAAUGCAUUUAUUAACAAGGAUCCUUGCAACAUUCUGCCUGAGGACUAUGAAUUAUUUAUCAACCUGUCCUUGCACACAAUUCCACCUAACAAGUCUCUCUUCUGGGAAAAUAAUCAUCUGCUAGUCAACAGCUUUGCUGGCAGGGGCCGGCGCUACAUGUCUCUGGCUGAUACUCUGUUUGGCUGCUUUGGAGAUUUUCUAAACUGGUGUGGGCAGGCCAACAGCAUUGAAAUGGACUAUGAAUCCUGCCCUACCACGGAGGAAUGUGAAAACAACGCGGUGGAAUCUUUCUGGAGGAUGGCCUCAAUCACUUAUGCACAGCACAGUUCUGGGGUGAUACAUGUCUUGUUGAAUGGUUCUGCAGUUGGAGGAGCUUAUCCAGAGCCAGGUUUUUUUGCAGAUUAUGAAAUACCUAAUCUUCAGAAAGACAAAAUCUCACAAAUUGCCAUCUGGGUUGUGGAUGACAUUGAAGGACCAGACGCAGAGUCCUGUGGAACUAACAGUGUAGAGAAACUAGAAAACAGAUUGAAAACCCUUGGUUAUGAUGUCAUCUGCACUGACAAUUACAAGUCUGUAAUGUUCUUACUUUGUGUGGAUUAUCCUGAUGAUUCUAAGUGUACCCUUUCAUCGUUUUAAACCAUUUCCCGCAAAGUUUUGUGAGGAAACCUGGAUGAGAAGGCUUUUGGAAAACAUUAGUGUCUUUUUCCUUUCACCUAAGGGAUGAGAAUACCAGUUCUCCAGUAUUACCACAUAACACUUGCAGUAUGUAAGCCGGGGAGCAGCCACCCCUUCCUUUCCAUCCACACUGGUCCUUAAAUUAACAUAAUAACUACUGUAUUCUAAGCACCAGUCUCAUACUCUCUUGGGGUAGCUACUAAGCAGCUCAGCUAUCAUCCUCCUUAGGAAAUUUCUUUGCUUCUUGCCUUCCUGAGCCUUCUAUCCCCUCCUGUAUAGGUGGCAGUGUAAGAGGCUUGAUUCACUUCUUAUCUGUGCUAUCCCUAAUCAGGUCAGAGUCUGAAUGUUAUCAUUGCCUUUCCCUGAAAUUUACACAGCUAAAAUACUUCAAGACAAUGAAUACUUGCACUCUUCCCAAAUCACUUCUCUGCAAUAAAUAAUAUUUGCAUUGAAAUUAGCUGCCCUAUGCAGAUGUAUAUAAAUUAUUUGAUGAUUAUCUUCUAGAUCUGUUUUCUCUGUGGAUGGAUCACUGCUCUCUGAGAGUCCAUUAACUGACAUAGGAACAGUUUGGUCAGUAGGGAUGUCACUAUUAAGAACAUGUUACCUGUCAGGAAAAGUUUCCCUUGCAGAGCGUGUGCUCAGGGUAUACACUUCUAUAAUAAGUAGUGAGGCUAGGCGUGCAGGCUCUGUUACAUCCCCUUUCACAAUGGCUAUUUGCUGUUACAGUGUUAAUAGCUGCCUUCUCAGCCUCUGGAGAAUAAUGCUCCGAGCAACAAAACAAAGUUGUCCAAGUGACUUUUCUUGUUUCCACAGUUCCUGUUACAUUGGGAUACCAAAGGAGAAGGCUGCGUCAGGGUAGCAGAGG